GCCACCGUGUCGUACGGUGUAGACCGUUCUGGAACGUAGUGAACGUUUAUGCGAACUGAACGCACCUCAGGCCCGCCAUUUCCCUGAAUGCAUCUAUUCCUUAAACCCAGCAGGAGUGGCGAAUUGCGAAGCGAUAGACCGCAGACACGGAGAUCCAGUGUGCAAGAGAUCGGGAUGAGCGAUAGACAGAGACGUGGGGCGAAUGAGUCAGCUAGAGAACCCACCAAAUAUAUAUGAAAUCAUUUUAAGCAAAGACCUUUUUCGGAUCUACAUUGGGCUGAAAUAAUUAAGCUUGGAGACGUUGUUUAAUACAUUUUGUUGUAUAAUUUUUCUUCGGCUGUCACCAGGUCAUCGUUUUUCUUCCAGUUUCCACCUUUUUUAUUUUGAAAUAGGUAGUGAACAUUGCUAACUGUGGAUAUUAUAUACAUUAUUUGAUUUUAAACUUUAUAGAUAUAGGCUAUUGUGAUUUUUCAAGUAAUUUGUUGAAUAAAUAAACGAAGAUGUCGGGGCAGAGUAUUACGGACAGGAUAACAGCAGCACAGCACAGUGUUACUGGAUCUGCUGUGUCGAAAACUGUAUGCAAGGCCACAACACAUGAAAUAAUGGGUCCGAAAAAGAAACAUUUGGAUUACCUGAUCCACUGCACCAAUGAGAUGAACGUGAACAUUCCCCAGCUGGCUGACUCACUGUUUGAGAGGACCACCAACACAAGCUGGGUGGUAGUCUUCAAGUCGCUCAUCACCACACACCACCUUAUGGUCUAUGGCAAUGAGCGUUUUGUUCAGUACUUGGCUUCAAGGAACACAUUAUUCAACCUCAGUAAUUUUUUGGACAAAAGUGGUUUACAAGGUCUCUCUCUACCAGGCUACGAUAUGUCUACAUUUAUCCGGAGGUACAGUCGAUAUCUGAAUGAAAAGGCUGUAUCAUACAGACAGGUUGCUUUCGAUUUCACUAAAGUAAAGCGAGGGGUGGAUGGGGUGAUGAGGACCAUGAAUACAGAAAAGCUACUGAAGACCAUCCCUAUCAUACAAAACCAGAUGGAUGCCCUCCUUGACUUCAAUGUAAAUGCCAAUGAACUCACUAAUGGAGUUAUCAAUGCAGGCUUCAUGCUCCUCUUCAAAGAUUCCAUUAGGCUUUUUGCUGCAUAUAAUGAAGGCAUCAUCAACCUGCUGGAGAAGUACUUUGACAUGAAGAAAACACAAUGUAAAGAGGGCUUGGAUAUCUACAAAAAGUUUCUGACCCGAAUGACCCGAAUCUCAGAGUUCCUUAAAGUGGCAGAGCAGGUGGGUAUUGAUCGAGGAGACAUUCCAGACCUUUCACAGUUUACAGUUUGUGCUCCCAGUAGCCUCCUGGAAGCUCUAGAGCAGCACCUGGCCUCCCUGGAGGGCAAGAAGGUUAAAGACUCCACUGCUGCUAGCAGGGCCAGCACUCUAUCCAACGCAGUGUCUUCGCUGGCCAGCACAGGGAUGUCUUUCACUAAAGUAGAUGAGCGAGAGAAGCAGGCUGCUCUUGAGGAAGAACAGGCUCGUCUCAAAGCACUGAAGGAACAGAGGCUUAAGGAGCUCUCUAAGAGGCCUUCGUUUGCCACCACAGACACUUCGCCCGUCUCCACCACUGGGGGCACUAUCAGCACAGCCCCAGCCAUCGACCUCUUUUCUACACCUAGCUGCUCUAAUGGUGCUCUCAAGAUGGAGAGUGACCUGUUUGACAUUCAGCAGACCUUUAAAACGUCCAUGCAGGCCAGUUGUACAGGGCCACCUGUGGCUACAGCAUGGGCAGAUCCUUUCACCUCUGCUGAAGCUGGAGAUGACUCCAUGCCAAAUCUUAACCCUUUCCUCUCAAAACCUGUUGUUGAAACCGCUGCUCACUUACCUGUAGUGUCCUCUGACGGUGUUAGCUAUUCCUCUAGGACGUCUGCUCAUGAAAUGUUUGGUGAUCGUUACAAUCCCUUUACUGACACAAACUCGUCCGUUUCAACCAAUUACAAACGCACAGUGCGGAUAGAACACUCCAUCUCAGACUCCUUCUGUGGUCCAACGUCUAUGGCCCAGCACCUCUCUCACCAGGCCACCUACCCCACUGAGCCCUCUGCUGUAGCGGGUCUAUUCAGAGGAUACUCCACAGCACCACAAGCCACUCCCUCAGGAUCACUCCAGGUGGACUUUGAGUCAGUCUUUGGAGCCAAAGCAACCGGCACUAACAACAUGGAUUCUGAUGACAUCCUGAAACCCACAAUGGCCGGCUCCAGUCAGGCCCUGUGCUCUAUCAAUCAGCUGCCAGACAAGCUGGUGGGAGACGACCUGGAUUCCUCCUUAGCCAACCUGGUGGGCAAUCUCGGGAUUGGAAAUGGCACAACAAAAAAUGACAUCCACUGGAGCCAGCCUGGGGAAAAGAGGUUGACUGGAGGAAGCAACUGGCAGCCCAAGGCUGCUCCAAACACAACCUGGAAUCCUGUCUCCAUGGCUCCCUCGGUCAUGGCGUACCCUGCCACAACACCUACAGGCAUGAUGGGGGGAUUUGGCAUGCAACCCCAACAGCUUGCUUCUAUGGGUAUGAUGAACCAACCUAACAUGAUGUACAACCAACCUGUCAUGAGACCGCCCAACCCCUUCAGCUCGGUAUCCAGUGCUCAGCCCUCUGCAGCCUCUAGUCCUUCCAGCCAGAGUCCCCUCCGAGCCCCUGGACAGGACCCAUUUGCACAGCUCUCUCUCAAGGAUUUCUUGUAGAGCGUCUCUUAGAUGCAGUUCAUGUAAUAUGAAGGAAGUGUCUGUCAGAAGAUGAAGCACUUAGCAGCAAAUCUUUGUCUUUGCUGCCAGUCUAACUCUUCAGAGAAAUGUUCAGCCCCCCCCUCCCCCAAAUACAGACAUGUCAAGAACACAAUUACUGUGCAAUGACUGGCGUGAAACCAUGGAAACAAUGUAUACAUGACAUUGGAAAGAAGAUGAUUAUUCAACACCCAUUAUGAUGUAAUUUGUCCAACACGUCAAGCACUGCUGCUGUUUAAAAUUAAAAAAAAGAAAUCCCUCAUCCGUUUUAUAAUCUGUAAAGAUAGGAUGUGAAAGACUUUAUGUAUUUGGAAAUACUAAGGUGGUUGGAUGUAACAGCUUGAUGUUCUAAUCUACAGGGAGGGGGAGAGGAGAGCCAAGGAAUCCUUCUCUCUCUUGAUCUAAUCAUCAGUCAUCCAUUUCCUACAGUUAUUUAACUGUCACUAAGUAGAUGCUAAUGACGUUUACACCUGUUUUAGCUUUUGUCUUUUAUACCGUGUUUACAGUAGACAUUCCUUGUGUAUUUGUAUUUAUUUAUGAUUAUUGGUUUUAAGACUGGGGGAGAAAAUCUAUAGUGCAGUCUAUAGUACAUUGAACACAUGUGGGAGUGCUUCAGCAUUAAACAUGGACGUUGGAUUGUAUCAGUGGAGAGAGGUAGAGUUGAAAAGAUAUUAUAUUAAAUUACACCUAUAAGUGGAAUGAUAGAGCACUGAAUAUUCUCCAAGUUUUGUGUUAAGAACCGUUCUUACUAGAUCAAAUCUCUUGAUCUCCCAUGUGACAAGUGCAAGGGGGAUGGGGGUUUAGAGUAUGAGUAAGUUAUCUAUAUAGUCAAUUCUGUGCCUAGGGUUUUUGCAAUGGAACAACAUUUUUGUCUAGUUGAAUUGCACUCCAUCCACAAUUCUGGAGCAUCACACUGGGGUGGAAUCCAUUUUGCUUUAAGCUUGGCAUGCCAUCAACCCACUGACCGUUAACAUGGCUGCCUUUACUCUGAAUGUGAAAGCGUUGCCUUUAUGUUGCACACAUCUUUCCAAGCUGCCCGCACAAUCUCCCCUGACUUUGACUCUGUGGGAACUGGACAUGAGGAGAUUGUGUCUGGGUUUUGCUGUCACUAGAGAAGGGUCACAGUUUGGAUGUAAAUUAGUUGAGUAAAGAUCCAUUGGAACAGGGUAAGAGGGGCACUGUUGAUCGGUGCUUUGUGUAUAUAAAACCAACUGUUCAACAGUAGAGGGAAGUGAAAGAUGUAUGAAAUAUGAAAGCAAUUCUAUCAAAAUCUGACUCUACCUAAGUUUGAUUCAGGAUAUCUUCUGUGUUUGUCCUGUGCCGAUUAUAUUUUUGUUUAUGUAAUUAGAACUGGUACCAGACAUUGACUGAGGUUUUUCUUUCUUUUUCAAAUAAAGCGCAGCUUCCACAAAA